AUACGAUCUUGUUCGCCAUUAUAAGUGUAGUUUAAUUUGUAAAUACAAGAAUUAUAUAAUUAAUAUAACUUUGGAGAACAUAAUUAAGACCCAAAAAUAUUUGGACGCAACGAUGACCACGUAUGAUUGAACCAAAAGAAUUAUCAUCUACAAAUUCUAUAGAGAAUUGACAAAUGACCACUUAUCGAGAUUGUUUCUUUUUAGAUAAGGUGGAUAUAAAUUUGUUUUCAUUAUAGUGUGCUACUUAAGGGAUUAAAAUUUGAGAUUGAGAUUGUUACGAUUUGAGUACUACUUUUAGAGUUAAAUAACAAUAGGAGUAGAUAUAUGGUUUUCCCUGAUAUCAAACAAAAUCGAAUCAAGUACAAGGUUGAAUAGAAAAUAAAGAGAAAACGAAAGAUACAAUGUAUUUAUCCAAUUUGUGCACUCUUUUUCAUUAUUUUUAAAAUCGUCCACGUAAAUUGAUACUCAACAAAUAUAUUACAUCCGAAAUAAAACCCGAAAAACUAAAUACAAUACUCAUAAAAAGAUGAUAUAGCAAUACUAAAAUCGAAUUCCACAGCGAUCUGGUCGGAUUCCAAAUUCCUCCACAAUCAAUACCAACCCUUGUGUUCUUGAGUGUUGGAAAACUUGGAAACUUGGGGUUAAUGAUUAGCUUCAAUUCUCCAUCCCCCACCACUUCAAUUUGCUCCCUCCACCACCAUUUUUCCAUGGAAAAAUCAAUCUUCCAAAGCACAAAGACUUGACUAUUCAAAAGAACACCAUUGACGUCGCCCAAUUUUUUCCAUGGACACUUGCUCCACUCUAGCUAGCAAAGCCAUUAUUAGCCUCAUCUGCCCCUACUUCAACCAUUACCAGUCUUCUUCUAUAAAUCGAGCAAAUCGCUCCGUCCUCACUACCAAAACAAACCCCAUAAACCCUUCAAAAACAUUCUACACUCCUCGCUACUUCCUCCAUCGAAAAUGGAUCCCAGUCACCAAGUUUCAAAGCUCUUGAUCACCAUUGCAACAAUCAUUGCGGGUCUUGCCUUGCUAUGCUUCACCAACGUCGCAGAUGCAGCACAAGGAAAGGCCGUUUUCCACAACGCCCUCACUCCAUCGGCUUGCUACCAGUACCAAAACAGGGGAGACAUGAUCACCGGAGUGAGCGACAAGCUGUGGGACAACGGCAACGCCUGCGGGAAGAGGUACAGGGUGAGGUGCAUCGGCGCGGCCAACCUAGCGCCGAGAAGCUGCCGGACAACAUCCGGCGCCGUCAUCGUCACCGUCGUCGAUUUAUGCCGGAACUGCGACGGUGACAUCAACUUGUCCCGGGCUGCUUUCAACAGGAUUGCCGAUGUCGAUGCCGGCAUAGUCCGCGUCCAAUACGACGCGAUCUAGUGAAAAUUGGAUAGCUGAUGAUGACUGGGGGAGGAAUUAAUAAAUAAGUGAUGUUGGAUGAUAAAUUCAACCAAUGAUGAGUUUGAGUUUUUUGUCAAUAUAACUAUCGAUCGAUGUAUGCUAUUUUGAAGAAUCUAUUGACAUCGGAAUAAGUGAACGAUGCUCGACUAUAAAAGAUAUCAUCUUUGUACUAUGUGUGAAUUAAGUGUGCAAUAUAAUAGACAAUCAUUAUCGUAAAAUGUUUGUACUCGAUCAGCGUACUGUUUUUGAAAAAAAUGUCUCCACCAGAAGGUUGUCAAACCGGUUUAUGCCAGUGUGCCGGUUUAGCAAAUGGAAUGGUUCAACCGGUGGCACAUACCGGUUUGUGCCGGUUCAUGCCGGUCGAUAUUACAAAUAAAAUUAUAAAUACUCAUAUUUAAACAUGACAUUUAACGUCAAUACCUAAACAUUUAUAUUUAAAUCCAACAAAUAACAUCAAUAUUUAACUUUUAUACUCAUAAAAUAAAUAAUAAAAUAAUUUUUAUCAAUUAAAUUCUCUAAAAUAAGGUCAUUUUACUUAGAGAUUCGCAUAUCCAUCAUGCCGGUCAUACCGAUGGUGUCACGCCGAUUUUAUGACCAGUACCGGUUGAACCCGGUACAACCGGUGGCACGCCAGUUGGCAUGACAACCAUCAGCAUACGCAUUAUCCCAAUUUCGAGCAUCUGAGUUCUACUUAUUUCAAUAAUUCACCCUAAUUUUAAGAUUCUUUCCCCAAUGGACCUCCAACCUCUUUUUGCUGGAAAUUUUGGGGUUAGUUUCAUUCUCACUUCCAUUUGCUAUGGAAAUUGAUGUCACAAAAGGAGUCAAAGACUUGGACUAGUAAGACCAACUCCAAUGCAAGCUCCCAAAUUUGGGGAUCUUCAUCCCCAAAUUUGGGGUUCAUCUCCAUUUUCCCUUCUUUUGCUCCAAUGCUACAUCCUCUAUAUUUGGAGAUCUCCAUUUUUUAAGUUUUCAAUUUACUUAAAAAUGUACUUAUCGAAGUCUUAAUAUAAUUUGUUCAUGUUGAUUUUAGUAUAGUUCGUCAUCAUUUUUAAAUACAUAUUUUCUGGUAGAAUUUUUUUUUAUUUUGAGACCAAAUUUUUGUUGACAAAAAAUGAUUGACCUAAUUUGGGUUUACACACAACACUUGAAAAUUAUUGAUCUAAUUACACCCCUAACUAAUCCCCUAAUUAAACCCCAAUUAGCCCUUAAAAUCUUAAAAAGAAAAAGAAAUGCCACGUGGCGGGCUUUGGGGAGUCUCUAUAUUUGGAGGAACCCCCAUUUCCACCCCCAAAUUUGGGGAUCAUUUUGGAGAUCUCCCCCAAAUAUAGAGACUCCUCCAUUUAUAGAGGCUCCAUUGGAGCCAACUUUCCCCCAAAUAUAUAGGCUCCUCCAAAUAUAGAGGCUCCAUUGGAGUUAGCCUAAGGCUGAGUCCAAUGGGCACCCCAUUUAUGGGGGAAUCUGCAAAAAUGGAGGAGGAGAUGGUCCAAUGGGGAGGUUUGGGUCUCCAAAAAUGGAGGAUCCUGCAAAUGGAACUCCAAAUUUGGGGGUGGAAAUGGGGAUCCCCCAAAUAUGGAGGCUCACCAAAGCCCGCCACGUGGCUUUUCUUUUUCUUUUUAAGAUUUUAGGGGUUAAUUGAGAGUUUAAUUAGGGGAUUAGUUAGGAAUUUAAUUAAAUCAAUCAUUUUCAAGUGUUGUGUAUAAACCCAAAUUAGGUACAUAAUUUUUUGCCAAAAAAAUUCGGACUCGGAAUUUAACAAAAUUCUAUCGAAAAA